AUGCAUCCUUCCAGACUUGUCUGCUCACAAGGCAUGUCUUACAUAUUUGAGCCCAUAUAUAACAUUCUUUUGACCAAAAGGGCCAAAGAAAUAAAGUUGGGUAGACUAUUGGAUGAGUCCGCUAACAGUGCUGUUGCGUACGAGCAAGAUUCUCAGCGAAAUCGGUCUAACCCAAACAAUAGGGCUAGGAUACCAUCAAAUACGGAUCUGCGAGUAGAUGAAAGGACGUUUGAAGUAUGGAUAUCUGAGGAUGAAGAUGAGGAUAAUAAUGACAGUACCGUUCAUAAAAGAAGGAAGUUGAAUCACGACACGCGAAUAAUUGAUGAUGAGUCUCAUAGAAACGAUACAGUUAGACGCCAGAGACAUAUAGAGCCUGCGCAAUUAGAAGAUGAGAUUGAAUCGAUCAGACGAGAUUUUCGGGACACCAUAGAUGGAUAUGAACCAAGACCUCUGGUUUUGACAAGCGACAAGGACGCUGGCCGUGGAUACUUUUCCAAUAACAUCAGGAGCACAGCCAAUAUUAAGCGUUCUAGAAGGCUGAGAUUUACCAAUCAGAUCAAUCAUAGUUACACGGUGAUAAAUUCUUUACUACAUAUUUGCAUGCUAAGAUCUGACUGGAAAAAUGCUUUGCAGCUUUUUUCUGUCAUUAUACGUACGUAUAUGUGUGAUGUUAAGCAGUGUUGGUCGAUAGGAUUGGAGAUUUUGAAUAAGAUGAAUGAAGAAGAGUUUUUGAAGUUACUUAAAGACGAAGGCCAUGAACCGCUCAGUGGAGAGAAACUUCAGUUGGCGGCAGCGUCAAGAAGCAUAGCUCUAGAACGAAUAUUUGAACACGAUGACGAGUCUUACAAAGCAAUUACUCGGAUGAUUGCACUUGGUAACACGAAAAGACCAUUUAGAGCAAGGAUAAUGAGAUUUCUUCAAUUUAUGACCAAUACAUAUAAAGUGAACAGACCAAACUUUCAUAUUGCAAAGUACCCGUACCAGGUUUACUGUCCGAAGGAUGAGAUGACCAGAUAUUUGACGUUGGCAUCUCAUUCCCACGCUGCCUAUAGAGGAGGAACUACGGAUUUUGUACCAUUUUAUGUGUAUUCACUUCUUUCAGAGCUUAUGCUGGGUGGCCGGUUCAAGCAGUUUGAAGAAUUAUGUGAAGAGUUGCAACUUCGGGCUCCGUAUCACGACGAUCCAAUGGUUCGGUAUAUGUCUGCGAUGAACAGCUACCUCGAAUGCGUCUCUCUGUAUUGUAGGCUUUGCCAGGAGUAUGGAAGUAUCCUGCAGAUUAUUGACGAUAUGCAAUCACAGGAUACAAAAACUGUCGAUAAAGAGUUGAUAAUCAGCAAGAUUGCAGAUUGCAAGACGAGGUUUCAUGAACUUGAAAAGUUCCCGAAGUUCAAGGUGGAUCUAGAUAAGAUUGACAAGGAUUUGGGUUAUUUUAGUGGGUUGGUGAUAAAUACGCAGAAGAGUGAGACAGUAGACAGAGCCGUGGCAAGUGAUAUAGGAAAACACGAUACAGAAGCCAGCAAUACAGAAGCCAGCGAUGCAGAAGCCAGCGAUACAGAAGCAAACAAUUCGGAUACAGAUACGAGUGGAUCAAGCGAUUUUUUUCGAGAAGAUGAAGAUAAUGUUGCAAUGCUCGAGGAACAACAAGCUGAAGAAGAUGGCGACCGUGACUAUCAGCACGACGAGCCCACCUGA